UCUGAAAACCUAGUUAUGCCAGAGAGAAAUUUUUAACUGUACUCUCCAGAUUCCAGUGCCAUCAUUUUCACUGCAGCAGUGGAGAUUAAACAGAUACCAGACAGGAGUAUUUCCUCUCAGCAAGGGAAGGUGCCUGCAGCUUGUAUAGCUCUGACCACUCAAGAAAUCCUGCCAUAAAUGAACAACUCAUCAUGUCUUCAGCCAUCGCCAGCUACCACCGUAUUUCUCCCCAUCCUCUACUCCUGCCUGUUUCCCGCUGGGAUCUUUGGCAAUAUUCUGAUUCUGAGUGCCUGGAUAUUUUCACAGAAAACGCCCGCCCGAAGGACACAGUACAUUUACCUGGCCAACCUGGUGACUGCAAAUCUGCUGGUUUGCAGCACCAUGCCCUUCCUGGCCGCCUACUUUGCGGAGGGGCACCGCUGGCCCUACGAGUCGGCGGCGUGCAGGCUCGCCCAUCACCUGGGGACGCUGGUGAUGCACGUCAGCAUGUACGUGACCAUCACCAUCCUGUGCUCCAUUGCCCUCAGCCAGUAUGCCACGCUGAAGAAGAACUGUGGCCCACAACACUCCCCAGCUCUGCCAGGAACCUUCCAAGGGCGCCUGCUGCACCAGUUCCGGCGGCCAAAGUUCGCUAAAUGCUUUUGCGUCGUUAUCUGGCUGAUUGUGCUCUGCGUUACAGUCACAGCCAUCAGCUACAACGCCCCGGAGAGGGUUUCAGGAGAGUUCCCCACGUGCUACAACAUCAGGGUAGAAGCUGGUGAACGUCCUGCAAUGAUUGCAGCUUAUAUUGCCACUGUGUGCUUUUUUCUGUCUUUUAUGACCGUUUUGUGGUCGUACUAUUCUCUAACUAGACAUCUGAACAGAAUACAAAAAAACACCUGUAUUGGAGAAAAACACCUCAUUUACAGAACAGUGAGAAGAAACAUUCUUGUCAUCCAGAUGAUAUUAACUGUCUGUUUUCUUCCAUACCAUAUUUUUAGGCCAAUUUUCUAUGUACUGCUUACAGAUGAUGACUGUCCAAGGUUAAACUAUCUAGUGGAAAUUAAAAAUGUCCUUACUUGUCUUGCUGCUACUAAAAGCAGUUUGGAUCCAGUUAUAACCCUUCUGUUAGAUAAAACAUUUAAGAAAAGUUUUUAUGGCCUGUUUACAAAAUGCACAUCAGAACAUCAAGAACGUAACGAUGACAUUUGUCACUGA